AUGUCCGCACCUAAGACAGUUCAACCUCGCCAAGGCUCUCAAACCGGUUCUCGGUGUAUCCAUGCAAGGGGCUCUGUCCGCAAAGACGGUUAUGCCUCUGGGCCUAUGUUCACACCUAAGACAGUUCAACCUCGCCAAGGCUCUCAAACCGGUUCUCACUCCACCAAUAGAAAAACCACCUUUUACAAACCUCCAGUAGAGAAACCCCCUGUCUACAAACCACCUAUAGAGAAGCCACUUGUCUACAAGCCACCAGUUGAGAAACCUCCUAUUUACAAGCCACCUGUCUACAAGCCCCCAGUUUAUAAGCCACCUAUAGAAAAACCACCUGUUUACAAACCCCCUGUCUACAAGCCACCCGUUGAGAAGCCACCUGCUUACAAGCCACCUGUCGAGAAGCCUCCAGUUUACAAGUCACCAGUUGAAAAACCGCCUAUUUACAAACCACCAGUCGAAAAACCUCCUGUAUAUAAACCACCAGUAAAAAAACCACCUGUUUACAAAUUUCCUAUUUACAAGCCUCCGAUUUAUAAACCACCCGUUGGGGAGCCACCGGUUUGCACGCCUCAAUACUAG